UUAAUAUAGAAGCUGGACACACAGACACUGUCCAUUAGCUCUCUCUAAAUUCGGGUCCCACACUUGGACCAACCAAACCAACAAUCAAAUCGGAUCUCUUCUCCAUUUCCCCUUUAACUAACCCAACGCUUCCACCUCCGCCGGGACCCGUCGCCGGCGCUCUCUCCACCGCCGACAUCCGAUGACUCAACCUCCUAUUUAUUCAUUGCUUAAUUAAUCAAUUAUGAUUGGUUGAGUUAAUCUCGAUUGAUUAAUUUCAGAUCUAUAAUUAACUUUAUUUUUGAAUCUUCAAUUGAAAAAUUUCUUGUUAGUUAUGGCUUCGAGGAAUAGGACGUUAUUAUUUAAAAAAUACAGAGAUGCAUUAAAGAGCGUUAGGGCUCCGUCAUCUCAAUCGGCAACAUCAACUAGCUCCGGUGGCGGAGGUCCGGUGAUCGAGUUAGUAAGCACUUCGCUGCUUCAAAAUCGAAAUUAUGCACCUCUUAACACUGACGAUCCCGGUAAUUCAAGUAAAGGUGCACUUACAGUUGGUCUACCGCCAGCAUGGGUAGAUGUAUCAGAAGAAAUAGCUGUUAAUGUGCAGCGUGCACGUACAAAAAUGAUUGAUUUAGCCAAGGCUCAUGCUAAGGCUUUGAUGCCUUCAUUUGGGGAUGGUAAAGAAGAUCAACGCUUGAUUGAGGGUCUAACUCAUGAGAUAACUGAUCUUAUAAGGAAGUCAGAGAAGAAACUACGAAAACUUUCUGCAGCUGGGCCUUCCGAGGAUUCGAAUGUGCGAAAAAAUGUACAGCGGUCUAUCGCCACUGACCUUCAGAAUCUCUCAAUGGAACUUCGCAAGAAACAGUCAACGUACUUGAAGCGCCUCAGGCUACAAAAAGAGGGUCAAGAUGGGGAUGAUUUGGAGAUGAACCUAAAUGGUAGUAAAUCCAGAAUGGAUGACGACGGCUUGGAUGAUAUGGUGUUCAACGAGCAUCAGAUGGCCAAGCUAAAAAAAAGUGAAGCCUUCACGGUGGAAAGGGAAAGAGAGAUUCAGCAGGUUGUGGAAUCGGUAAAUGAACUUGCUCAGAUUAUGAAGGACCUGUCAGUACUUGUAAUAGACCAGGGUACUAUUGUUGACAGAAUAGAUUACAACAUUCAGAAUGUUGCCACUACAGUUGAUGAGGGACUUAAACAGUUGCAGAAGGCUGAGAAAUCUCAAAAACAAGGAGGGAUGGUGAUGUGUGCAACAGCGCUUGUUAUUAUGUGCUUUAUCAUGUUGGUUUUACUGAUCCUCAAGGAGAUAUUCUUGUGAUUUAUCGACGUAAAUAAUUUCCAAUUGUCCGGUCAUUCUUAUCAUUGUGCCUCCCAUGCAAUGGUUACACGCUUAUAGACGGAGAUAUUAAUUAUGCAUCAGGUAGUUCCCCUCCCGCAACAGAUUCAUUGCCUGCCCUUUUUCUUUUCUUUUUAUCAAAAUUUUGCAAUCGGGGAGGGUUUUUUACUAGAGAAUGACUGCCCUGGAUAGACAGAAAUCAAUGUCGUUCUUCUGUCACGGACCUGUCGUUGAUUCUUUUGAUUUUCCAGGGAGGUUGGUCCGUCAACUAGAUGAGGCUUUUUAGAGUGUUUGUAUCAAUUUUCAAUCUAAUAUGAGAUUGAUGAAAUUUAUUCAACUAUAGUCUCAUUCAAUUUUGUUUCAAUUUUCAUCCUAUUUUUGUACAUUAUAAAUGAAUAAGAAGCUACAGCAUUUAGUGUUUUUUUU